CCCAUUUUCAGUGAAACACACCCGAAGCGAGACAAGCAAUUUGAAGUUUUCAAACCUUAAAGAGUAAAGCUCCUGAUUUUAAUGGAGGAUUGAAGCACCGGUGCCGUGACGUUCCCUGAAGAAAUGGAAGGGAGCGAAAGGCAAAGCAACACCACCGCCAAAGUAGUAGUCGCCGUGAAAGCCGAGAGGGUGAUCUCCAAAAGCGCACUGGCCUGGGCUCUCACUCACGUUGUUCAUCCCGGCGACGGCAUUACCUUGCUCGCCAUAUUUCCCGCUGAGAAAACCGGAAGGAGAUUCUGGAACAUACCGUUCUUCGCCGGAGACUGUGGGGGCGGUCAACAGGAAGAGUUACCGGAUCGGAUUUACCAGAUCUCCGAGUCGUGUUCUCAAAUGGCGCUUCAACUCCACAACCACAUCGAGGUCAGACUCAGGAUCAAGGUCGUGUCAAGCUCGCCUGGCGGGGCCGUGGCAGCCGAAGCAAAGAGCAAUGGCGUCAACUGGGUCAUACUGGACAAAAAAUUGAAACAAGAGCUGAAGCAUUGCAUGGAGGAACUAUGCUGCAAUGUUGUAGUAAUGAAGGGUCCUCAGCCAAAAGUCCUUAGGCUUAAUUUAGGCUGCGCAGAUGAGCUCAAAACCCCUUUCUUUUCUGCUGCUUCUUCACCAGGAAGAGACGUUGGGAAGUCGCAAAGCCGUAGGAUGAAGCAUGCUACUCCACUAGCCAGCCCUGAAGAGGUAACUAGUUCCUACACAAGAACCACGGGGAAAGCCUCACUGUCAAAUUUUGACACGGCAACCUCUCUUUUCCUUGUCUACGGACAAAAUCCUCUCUUUGAAGGACAACACAAUGGAAUCCACAAACCAAGUGAUGAGCGAAGAAACUUGAAUGACCCACUUACAGCACUUAAAUUGGACAGACAAAAGCUUACCUCUCCAUUGAAACCCCCAACAUCAUCUGUAGCUAGGAAUCAGAAGAGUGAAUUUUGGAUUCCUGAAAACCACUUUGAUGAUCAAAAGCACCACAUAUCAGGAAAUUAUAUAAAUACUACCAAAAUUGCUUCCAAAACUACACUUGAUAAGUUUGAAUGUUAUGAUAAAGAUUUGGGGACAAAUAGAUUCAGGACCAAUCAAACCAAUAAGACAGAAUACAGCAUUAACUCAAACAUCAGGGAUGCUGUUUCUUUAGGCAGAAUUUCCUCAACACCUCCUCCUUUAUGCCCACUGUGUCAACACAAAGCACCAGCUUUUGGAAAACCUCCAGUACAGUUCUCUUACAAAGAGCUGGAGGAAGCUACAGAUGGAUUCUCAGAUAUAAAUUUCUUGGCAGAAAGUGGUUUAAGCCUGGUUCACAGGGGCAUGUUAAGAGAUGGCCUCGUUGUUGCAGUGAAGCAGUUAAAGUUUGGUGGCUCUGAAUCAGAUGCUGAUUUCUGUAGGGAAGUGAGGGUAUUGAGCUGUGCACAACACAGGAAUGUUGCAUUGCUGAUUGGGUUCUGUAUUGAGGGAAAGAAGAGGGUUUUGGUUUAUGAGUACAUAUGCAAUGGAUCCUUGGACUUCCAUUUACAUGGAAACCGCAUAACCCGACUAGAUUGGCACUCACGGCUAAAGAUAGCAAUAGGGGCAGCACGAGGAUUACGAUAUCUUCAUGAGGACUGCAGAGUGGGCUGUAUAGCACACAAAGAUCUGCGACCAAACAAUAUCCUCCUAACUCACGAAUUUGAGCCUCUGGUUGCUGAUUUUGGGCUUGCUAGGUGGCACGCUGAAUGGGAUAUCUCUACUGAGGAUCAAGUAAUUGGAACUUCAGGGUAUCUUGCUCCAGAAUACGUAGAUGGUGGACAAAUCACACAUAAAGUUGAUGUUUAUGCAUUUGGAGUGAUUUUGUUAGAGCUAAUGACGGGUAAAAGAAUCAAUGAGCUGCAACAUGUCAAGGAGCAGCAGUUUCUGUCUGAAUGGUUCCACCCUCUAGCCGCAUUAGAACCAAGCCAUGUUAUAGCAAAUAACUAUCAAUUACUGGAUCCAUGCUUAACCUGUGAGCAAUCCCUUGACAUCCCUCGUCAACUGGAGGCAAUGGGCCGUGCUGCUUCCUUGUGUCUACGUCAAGAUCCUGAAUCCCGACCGCCAAUGUCCAAGGUCCUAAGAGUGCUAGAAGGAGGAGAUCUACUUGUUCCUACGGGUUUAGACUUGAACACCGUCGGUAGCCAGAGUGGCCAUAUGAGUGGUCUCAACUCAUGCAGACGACCUGAAGUGAGGAGAAACCAUUCUCGUAAGCUCUCACAUUGAGAAGUUGAUUGGCUUUCGGACGAGACAUGUAUAGUUCUGAAAUAGGAGUGGCUUUGACAUUGGUGAGUUGGCUGCGUAUAGCAAAAUUAUCUUCAAUUAUUCGCGGAUCACUUUUUUUUUUAACUGUUGAACUAUUAUUGUUUCAUCUUUGAUUGUUUUUGAGUUUUAAGUCCUAACCAAGUGUCAGAUUUUUUCAUUUUUUUUUAGGAUCAAUCACAUAUUCUUCACGUUUCUUGUAACCCCUUAAAGUUUGUACGUACACUUUUUUGUUACAAUGGUUUCUCGGACGUA